UGACUCAGAUGGGAAGGAGAAGGUAUAAAAGUGAAGUGAAGCGGUCAGGGAAGCGCAGUGAAGACAGGACAGGAGCAUCAACCCACAGCAGGACAUCUUCAGCACAAGGAUGGAUUCCAUGACAAGCAAACCAAGAGAAGCCACUGGCAGUGAUCUGUCCGAGCUGAUAAAAGCAGCCACCAAAGACGUUCACGUUCGAGCUGAGAACACACAACUGAUGCUCAACUACCAGAAAGGACUGAUCACACAAACACAGUACAAGCUGCUGCUGUGUUCUCUGUAUGAGAUCUACCGAGCGCUGGAGGAGGAGCUGGACAGGAACGCCGCUCAUCCCGCGGUUCAGCCCGUCUACUUCCCUCAGGAGCUGGCCAGACUGGAGGCUCUGGAGCGGGACCUGGAGCACUUCUUCGGACCCCACUGGAGGACGAGGAUCACCGUGCCGGCCGCCACACACAGAUACACCCAGAGACUGAGAGAGAUUGGCAAGAGCAGCCCGGGUCUUCUGGUGGCACAUGCAUACACGCGCUAUCUUGGUGAUCUGUCAGGAGGACAAGUGCUGGGAAAAAUUACCCAGAAGUCCUUGGGGCUGAGUGGGAACAGGGGGGUUUCGUUCUUCUCGUUCCCUGGCGUGACGAGCCCCAACAGAUUCAAGCAGCUGUACAGGAGCAGAAUGAACAGCAUCGAGCUCACGGAGCAGCAGAGACGGGACGUCCUGGACGAGGCCACCACAGCUUUUGAGCUCAACAUCGAGGUUUUUGAUGAUCUUCAGAAAUUGCUGAGCAUCACAGAGGAAGCUUCAAGUGAGAAAGGAAAUGACGCCACAUCCAAAACUCUGUCAAAAACAUUCUCCAGCUCUCCAGCGCUUCAGUUGGCAUUAGCUGUGGGAAUCACGAUGGCAACGGUUGCAAUGGGAGUUUAUGCAUUUUAAUUUAUAUCAUUUUUUAAUCCUUACUAUUUUUUGUAACAUCUAAAAUCUACAGGCUGAUCUUGAACAAACAUGGAUAUUAUAAAACAUCCACCCAGGAAUAAAUCAAUGACAUCAAAUAGUUUUAGAAAAGAGUAUCACAUAAAAAAAAAAAAAAAAAAAAACCUCUAAAAAUGUGCACAUUUUUAAAAUGCUCAUGUACAUUUGUAAAUGCUUUCUAUGUAUUUCUGUGAAAUGUAAUAAAGCUAUUUUUUAAUUCAA